GUGGUCAACAAGUGUGAUGACUGCAGUUAGUUUUGGUUUGCUGGGAAAUAAGGUGUGAACUGCUGCUGAUGUCACAGGAGCUUCAUCUUCACGUUAUCGUUUCUUUUGUGUGUGAACGAAUGUUUCAGGUGAUUCUGGACAAUCUGAUGCUGAAUCCAGUGUCUCAGCUUUCUCAGGCCAUCCGCGAGAACACAGAGCAGCUGGCUGAAAAAAUGAAGGUUUUGUUCCAGAACAAGGCUGAAGUCUGGGAGGAGAUCGAGGCCAAGAUCAACGCUGAGAACGAAGUGCCCAUCCUAAAAACCUCCAACAAGGAAAUUACCUCCAUUUUGAAAGAGCUGAGACGAGUCCAGAGGCAGCUGGAAGUAAUAAACACCAUCGUGGAGCCCGGUGGGAAUCUCCAGACUGUGGCCGUUGGGAUGUCCUCUCUCGGGACGUCCCCUAUUGGUCAGACUCGACCUUCAUCAAAGGAGAAGAAACCUGCUUCCAAACCCCGGAGCUCCCCCCACACAUCCAACAGCAAUGAAAGCACCAAACGACCACCUCCUGGCCCGAGCGGGGCCCAUUACAAGGCCUGAGCAGGCCACUGUCCCACCUCUGGAUGGUAACAGUGCAUCCACCCCACAGCCCUGAUGAUGAAGAAAUGUUCUGGGUAGAACUCAGAGAGGCGUAUUCCUGCAGACAAACUCUGCCCCCACUGGCCAGCUGAGGGACUGUUGCAGGUUGACAUAUAAGUUGCGUCCUGUUUCACGUGUCCGUCUCUGACAAAGCUUGACUCCAUGUCCAGACAAAGUAUCAGAGUCGUCACUCUCUAUCAACGUCUACCUUCUGUUUCUGAACAUCGCUGUGAUGUCAGAGGUUUGUUCCGACAGAGAGAAAAAAUCGCUUUGACCUCUUGUCUCCUGUGAAGGUGUUUUCCUCAACUCCUGUAGAACCGAUAGAACGUCUUUGAAGGCGACGGCCCCUGAAGUGGGACACACAGUCUAACAGGACUAAUGCUGCAUUCAGGUCACAUUGGUGCCACAUCAUUACGACUUUUAAACUUUUUUCACGGCAACGUGGCUUCUUUAAAGCUCUGACUCACAUGACCACAUCUUUAACCCGCCCACAGUCUCACCGCUGCCUGAGGCGUCCGUUGAGUCAUAGAUUGUGGCGUCCAACGUGACGUGAGUGUGGCAUCAGACCUACAGUUGUUUUAUUUCCUUGAUGUUUAACCUGCUGCUGAUGUGGAUGCACUGAAACAAUCCUGUCGUUCACGUCUCAGCAACAUUUGAAAUAAUGAACAUGUGACUGCUUCACAUCGCUCCAGCUCUCAGAUCCAGUCCAGACAUAUCUUGAUGAACUUUAUGCUUUGAUCACGUUUUUUCAUUAAACAGACGAGGAGUCAUCUGUACAUGUCACGCCCCCCCGCCUCACGGAUGACAGAAUGUCUGCUGCUUUUCACGUCCUGUUGUUUUCACCAUCUGUGAUUGUUGUGCGAUAAUUGUGAAACCGCCUCAGGAUCACUGUAGCUGAAUGUCGGAGAGUUUUUUGUUAAAUGUAACAAGAUGUCCUGCGGUCCUUAAAGGCAUCCCCUCAUUGACGACACAUGUGACCUCUGACUCAUGAUGUCAUGAUUGAUUGUGUGAGAUGAGGGGGGGAAGUCGCUGUUUUCAUCUUCUGUGUAAGAACCAGAGGUCAGAGCCACUGAAACCAUGUGUGUGUCUGUUAAAGGUUGUGUUGAGGUUGUGAAGUUGUGCUGAGGUUGUGUUAAAGGUUGAGUUGAGGGAGUGUUGAGGUUGUGUUAAAGGUUGUGUUAAAAGUUGUGUUAAAGGUUUGUGUUGAGGAAUG